GUUUGGCUGGAUGUGCAUUUUUAAUGACGGUCUCUGUCCACUUGUGUGUCUUGCUGCCACUUGAGCAUCCAGUUGAACAGGAUGUGUAAAUGAAUCCACUAAUCCCUCUCUGCUGCCUUUUAAUUACAGCGAGGACAACAGGCCACCUGUGUGUCUUGUUGAUCACUUCAGAGGGAUACAGCAUAAAUGAUAUCCCAGGAAGGAGUAACACAGAGGAUGGAAGACAGAAUCUGAACAUGCAAAGACUCCACAGUGUGUGUUUGGAUAUAAAACCCCUCAGUGUUGCAGGUCAGCUGCAGCAGUGGAACAAGUAAAGAUUUCACACUCCCAGUCCUGCUGUAAGCUGAUAGGAGUGGUAAAGGCUGUGGAGCUGCAGACCGGUCUCAAGGCAGGAGGAGUAAACACAUUCAACUGAGCAUUUAAAGCUCACCUCAGCGGACAAAUGAAGGCACCCGGAGGAAGGAAAAGAACAAUAUUCACAACCAGAAACAUGCCCCUUCCGAAUGGCAACACAGGGCAGACUCUCUCUCUCUCUCUGUUUGUUCCCCCACUGAAAGCAUUAUUAUGAAUGCAGUGUCAAGGUCAAAGCCAUUGAAGCCCAUUCAACAGAGAUUUGCUUUGAACAGCCCUUGAAACCAUUAGAACACAAUAAAAUGGAGAGAGAGAGAGAGAGAAAACUUCCCGGUUAAUUAAGUGGAUUAGUGAGUGUAAUUCUGCGGCUGAACAUAAUGACUUUUCAAUGCAAUCUAUAAUUUACACCUUGUGUUAAAGCCAAUACCACCCCCCAACACACACACACACACACACACACACACACACACACACACACACACACACACACACACACACACACACACGAAACAUGUUCGCAUCCCACGAGCACGUUCAGUCUUUUCAGGGGCCAAUCAAGAACGAGAUGCGCCACACAGUCUGUGCGCCCUGAUCUCAACUGAGGCUGGACAACUGUGGAGCUGCGCACAAGUCCAAAUGCGACACUUGGGAGGCUGUGGUGUGACUGACUGACUGCCGAGCAUAAACUUUUAUUUUUUUCUUUCGGAUAAAUGUUUCUAUCGAGUACGCCCGCAAGAGAUCAAUAAAACCGGGAUCCGACAAAUAAAUGGGAGAACAAAAGAUCGCGAGAACUUGAUUGGUGUGCACGCUUCAGUUUGGCCAACUUUGUGCGCUAAACCCAUCCGAUCCGCGUCAGUCCGUGCGGGCGCAGCAGCAGCAGCAGCAGGAGGAGCAGCAGGAGGAGCAGCAGAGGAGGAGCAGGCUGGCUGGAUGUGGCAGGAGACGGGUCACUGAGCUGCAGCGAGCCGGGUGCGAGUUUCACAGUCAACUCUCCGAUGUCACCGGACAGGAUGAUGAUCAUUGGACUCCUGCUCAAUGUCUUCACUCAUGGUAAUGUGCCAGUGUCUGCGUCCUUGGACUGUCUGGUGGCGGAGCAGGGCUGCAUCCAGGAGCAGUCCUGCAUGGUGCUCUAUCGCCUGCUGGAGUACUGUGCGGCCGAGGAGGCCGUGUCGCCCCUGGGUGCAGACGCCCGCUUGGAGUGCCUGGAGGCCCAGAACGCCUUGCAGCAUUACCGGCCCCUUCAAGUUUGCAAGUGUCAGCGUGGCUCUCGCAGGGAGGAACACUGCCUCAGGGUCUACUGGACUGUGAGGUUUGCAGCAUAUGAUGAGUAUGAAGUGUCUCCAUAUGAAGAACUGCAGGUGAAUCUGGUGAGAAACAUUGAGAUGUCACGUAUGGCCUCCAUCAUGGCAGCGACCUCUCUUUCUGUGGACGGUCAAAACCAGUGUCUGAAGGCGGCCCAGGACUGUGGCCUGUAUGAGAAAUGUGGCUCCCUGCGGUCAGAAUAUGUGGUGGCCUGCACCAAGCGAGCAACAGUCACUGACAACAGCUGUAACCGCCAGAAAUGCCACAAAGCCCUGCGGCGCUUCCUGGAGCGCGUGCCCGAGGAGUACAGCUUCGCUCUGCUCUUCUGUCCCUGCUCUGACACUCUGUGUGGGGAACGCCGGAGGAAAACCAUCGUCCCGUCGUGUUCCUACGAGGAGAACGGAAGAGGGGAGGAGAGAGUCGGGAAGCCCAACUGCCUCAGCCUGCAGAACUACUGCUCCAGAGACGAGCUGUGUAGAUCCAGGCUCGCUGAUUUCCAACACAACUGCCAGCCCUCCCCUCUGUCCGCCUCCGGCUGUAUACGAGAGAGCAGAGCCAUGUGCCUGAAGGCCUACGCUGGACUCAUAGGGACCAUCAUGACUCCCAACUACGUGAGCAACAGCAGCACAGAGGUGUCCCAGUGGUGCGUGUGUGACGGCAGCGGGAACGAUUGGCAGGGCUGUCAGCGCAUCCUGCACAUGUUCAGCAGCAACAUAUGUCUGCGCAAUGCCAUCAGCUCCAUGGGAAUCUCUGUGCCUCCUCCUGUGGAAAACACACCCGUGCCAGCUUCUCAGCCCUCCCCACGUAUCUACCAGGAGAGGGUCCACGUCAGCGUCAACACUCUUCCCGAAUUCAACAGUAUGGAAGACAGCGAGCAAGAGGAGCAGCAGCAGGAGGAGGAGGGGAGCGAGGAAUUCAAUGUCAUCCCGCCGUACUCCGAGAAGGACUCGAACAUCGAAUCUGGUGCGCGAGGGAGUAAACGGGGCGCAGCUAGCCGAGCGGUACCCGUGUUGCCAUUGCUGCUGCUUCUGCCCACGCUCAUUGUGGACUGGGAGUGCUGGAGCUUCUGAAGCCUCCAUCUCAUUCCCCGCUCAUAUUUUACCCAAAUCCAUCACAGGGCUCAGAAUGAACCACGGAGGACAAUUGCGAGGAAGAACCGCUCCGUUUCUCUUUCAUUAGUUGUCCUGACUUUAUUUCACUAUUUCGGUUCCUGCUAUCACUGCCUCCUCAAGAGUCAAAGAUAUCAGACAGUGGUCCCGCAGUAUCUGCCAUGUCUUUGCCCUCAUAAAACCCAGCGAACAACGCGAGCAGAUAUAUAAGUGCAUGGGUGAAUUUAGAAAUGCUGUCUGGGCAAGUACUCGAUCUAGAGCCUGCACCACACUCAAAGUACAUCCCCUCUUUUAACAAGAAGCACAUCGCCCAAGGCCACAUCCACUAUACACACUCCCAAAAACCAUAACCAGUCCACUCCACUGCAACCGGGCCUGAGCACGGCUUUUGAUUUCCAUUUCAUGACUCGUGUCACAUCCGUUUUCUCCGUUGCCCCUUCGGCUCUCCCUCUCCCUUCUUCCUACUAUGGUUGAGUAAGAUAAUCCACUUUACAACAAGCUAAUAAGAAACUGCACCACACUUAAAGCGCUUAGUACCCCCCACACCCCCCCAAAAAAACACUUUUUAAAAGGGCCUCAUUUAGGGGGUCGAUAAGACAUGAAGCGGCGUGUUGUCGCGUUAUAUAUGAGAGAUCUCAUGCCUUUUCAACCUUUGCUUCUUCUCACGUUGUGCAUCAUAAAACAGAGAGCAACAGUCACUCUCUGCGCUGCUUCUUUUUGUUCACACGCCACUUAGUGUUAUUGCCAGCAGGCUGAGCAGCUGAGAAUUCAACCACGGGCGAAAGUAAUGAGAUCAAAUUCUAUUGUAGAAAAUGACGAGUAAAGCAACACGAGCAAUUAUGGCACAAUUCAAAUUACUCAGUGUGCGGCGAGAGUCUGGAGUAAGGCUCAGCGGAGGAAAUAGCCAAUUUACUGCUGUCAUACCCUCUCACUUUUUUGUCCUCAGGAGGUGUGUUUUUAAGUGCUCCUUCCCCAUCAUGUGCUUUAGAUGUUGUGAGAGCGAGAUGCGGAGAUAGGGACGGACACAGGAGGCUGUAAAGCCUGCCGGCUGCUCUCAUCAUUGAGCAGCACACUGAGCCAUUCUCUCUGCCUGAAAUAGCUUCUGCUGAUGUUAAUGAUUUCCCUUUCUUAUGGCUCAUUUUCUUAUAAAAUGACUCAGCUGCAGGGCUGAAGGUAAAGAUAAGUACGGUGAAGUUUUUGCAGGGGGAGAGUUUGCAAGAAACCACCCGUCCGAGCUCUGCAACGAUACGUUAUGGUUAUAUAUUCAUUUUUUAUUUUGAAAGGAAAUGGCAUGUAGAAAUUGCAGCAACACUAUGGCGGGUGACUUCAGGCAGCAGUGCACUGACUUUGCCGUCUUCAAACAGAUCAGAGCUGAACAUUUCCAGACAUAUGAAAAAGAAAUCUUUCACUUGAGGAGGCAGUAUAGCUGUGCCACUUUUCCACCCUCCCCCUCCCCACUGCUGGACUUGUUUACAUGAUCGUUUAUUGACGUGGAGACUGAACUUCUGAUAAGGACGCGCAGCAUAAAGGCAGAAACGCACUGGAAGCGUGUGAGCUGUGCUUCGACAAAAUGCGACGCGCUCCCAACUUCCAACUUUGAUUUCUAGAAGUCAAAGUGGGACUUAAAUGGAUGUUGUAAGGCUAGUGCACCUGUUGCCCACUUCGGGGCAAAAUGACAUCAUGCAGGUUUUUUUGACCACUUUCUUGUUGAGAGUUUAGCCACAGGGUAGCGAAAGAGGUAGGUGAGGAAAAGACCAGUUAACAGAGCUCUGAAGUGUGACUGCGAGCUUAGAAGGUGGGGGAGGAAAAAAAAAACAUAUUUGGACAGAAUCUUUGAAAUACAAAGUCUGGCUGGACAACCAGCUGGCGUCCGCUUAUAUAUGUGACCCGAAACCAGACGGUGAAAGUGAUGCGUUGAGAAAAUAAACACGUGCGAGAGCCAUUACCCAUCACGGCGUCCAGCGUUUACGUGUCAACACCUGCAUCCAGUGCGCUCCGGCCUUGAUGAAUGAAUGUGAGUUUACAUGUAAUUUUCACAUUUCAACAGGUUUGUUUAUAAUUGUAAACUAUGUAAAGUAAACAUUUUCAUUAACGCGGCUUGUACGUUUUUUUUGAUGAGUUCAGGGGUUACAAAGAAGAACAAAAUAUGGCUACACUUUAUAUUAAGGGUUUCAAGUCAUUACGUUAAGUAAAACAUGACUCAUGAUGAUUUAAUGCAGGAUGUGUUGUGAAUUCCUGUUGUUGACGUUAAAAAAUAUGAAGUCACUAUUAGUUUAUGUGAUUAGAUCACCAGGUAAGAAAAGUUAAAGGGCAACGCCACCCAUUUUAUACAUUAAAGGGUUUGGGGGUGUUUAUAUGUCUUAGGGAGUAUAUGUGUGAAUCCUUUUGUGGCUCCAGAGGAAGCUGCAUGUGAUCUGAUAAAUUCUGCAGUAAGUCAUUUAGUCAGCAAGUAAAUGAUUUACACCCUUAUUAUAAAGUGUAACCAAAAUGGUUCAUCCAUAUAUGAAAAUUCCAUGAGAAAAUCUGUGAAUAUUCCCCAAGUUAGUUUUUAGAUUGUAUCUUGAUACACUAUGUAUGUACAGUUUGUUUCCACAUGCUUCUUUUAAAAGACAUAUCAAACAUGCCAAAUAAUUCUGACUGUAACGUGUAAUAACUGUGUGAUUUUUGUGACAUAGCAGGACAAGUGUGCAGCUUUGUUGAAGGAAGAAUAAAAGUUGCAUUGG